AUGUAUAUUGUCGAUCGAGCGAUUCCCUUCAAUUCUACUGUUGUGGUAGUUGGGGCCAAUGGAUACAUGGGGACUGAAACAUGUGACAAACUGCUGGAAGCUGGAUAUCGAGUCCGUGGUACGGUUCGCAAUGUCGAAAAACAGCGCGGCUGGAUGUCUAAGCUCUUCGAUGAGAAAUGGCCUGGUAAAUUUGAGCUUGUCCAGGUUCUGGACUUUGAGGUCAAGGGUGCGUUCGAUGAAGCCUUCAAAGGAGCCUCCGGAGUCAUCUAUCCUUCUAUGCCAAUGAUCUUCGACUCCGAUCUUGCCAAAGUGGCUGAUCCUUUGAUCAAGGGCGUGAUUAACACUCUCGAGUCCGCAUCCCGUGCCGGUGUGAAGCGUUAUGUUCUGAGCUCCAGCUCUAAAGCCGUGGAUGCCACAGUAUAUGGGGGGACGCCGCACGAACUGACAGUUGAGACUUUCAACCAUGAGGCAAUUAAGAGGGCGCGCAAUGGGCAGAUGACGGAUACCUCUUUCCAGAGAAUUGUGGACGUGUAUAGUGCCGGACGAACACUUGCAGAGUUGGCAUUCUGGGACUGGCUGAAGGAGAACAACCCACCGUUUGUAGCGAACUGCAUCGUACCGGACGGCCAGUUCGGCCGGGUCUUGGAUGUGGAGCAUCUGAAUACCGGCGACGCAUCGUCAACGGGCCAGCUCAAACGUGCCCUCGAAGGAGAUUGGCAAAAGGUCGGCUUUCCACUAGGCAAGCGCCCCUUACCUCAGGUGUUUGUGGUAGCCUGUGUCAUGAGAGAGAACAGACACUAA